AUGGGAGAUGAUCUCAAGGCAAUGUUCCAUGAAUGUUUUAUCAGCAAGGUCGGUAUGCGUGCAACGAUCUUUCAGGGCGCUAUCGCAGCUGGCCACGACCGCCUGAAGCAGACCGAAGGCAGCUCUCACGAAGUUCCGCAGCGGAUAAGCUAUGACGGUCUAAUGAGCUUCAUGACCCGAGAAAUUGUUGAAAUGAUAUCUCUUCGCUUCGGGGACCUGAACUGCGAAGUGGAGGAUAACUUUCCACGACGAUACUGCAUCACCAGCCUAGCUCGCGAUACGACGCAGGAAAUGUUUGACAACAUAACUCCAAGGAAGAACCCGCUCAAGUCAUACUCUUCGCACCGUAUCCUUCAGCUUAUCGACCUAUGGUUCUCUGUUCACCCUUUGUCGUCACUGAUCUCAAAAACCCUUCUCCUCAGUUCGCUCAAGAACAGCACCUACGAUGAGGCACUCCUCGCUACCAUACUCUCUGAUGCCUGCCUCGUCCACGAGAAUGGUCAAAACUAUGACACCGAGGGACAGUUGCUGUUUGAUUUCGCAACUUACCAGAUCCAGAACCGAAGUGUGCUGAACCGAGACAUAGCUUCGUCUCAAGCAUUGAUUCUUAUGGCCUGGCGAGAGAUCUGCAUGGGAAAUGCUCGACGGGGUUCAUGUUUAACAGCGUAUGCCUGCCGAAUCGUCUCAGAGCUACACAGGGGUCUCAACCACGGCGUCUCCGCAAAUGGGACCAAGUUGAACGGUAUCGACGUUCGAUACGUCGACGGUGAACUAAUCCGGAAUAUAUACUGGGUGUGCUGGUCUACAACAGUAUGGUCCCUGAUGCAAAUCGACCAGCCAUACAACCUUCUAUUGCCGGAACAAACCCCUUCACAAUUCCCCUUCGUCGACGAGUCAACGUCGAUGACAAUCAGCCUUGAUCUAGCUUCAGACAAUGUCUCCACACUAAGAGCACAAUCACGAGCCUUGCAAGAGCUCUGGCCUCUUAGCCAGGUAGCUAGCACGGCUGCUCACAUAUACGCACUCUGCCCCAACCCAGAUUUGAAAGAUACUCUAGAAACAGUUGAGUGGCAAGCAAGACAUAUCCAUCAGCUCCGUCGGCUUCUUAGCUUCCAGCUAGAGCUCCCUACUCUCUGUGGGAAGAUCCGACACAUUUUAAGUGAAGCCAUUCGACAGGUUGAACUUGAGGUUACCCCUGGAUCUACCCGGUCCGUGGUGCUAAUCGCAUAUCAUACUAUGAUUGUCCAUAUGCUAUUCCCACAACGACAGACCUCAGAUAGUGUGAUUAUUAUGACUCCAGAGCGCAUUAAUGAGUUCUGUCAAUCUGCCAAUGCAUUGGUCGCCAUAUCACACUCUAUUAUCUCGCCAAAGGCCACCACUCUCCUUCCUGGGCCUGGGCUCAAAACCAAAAGCGUUUCUGACACUUUUGCCCUUGGCCUUGAUGCAUGCAGCCGGGCGCUUGCGUAUAUUCACAGCCGUGCUACUUGCGGGCGUGAUGAGUAUCAAGCGAUCAUUGCUAAAAAUAGGGAGCUCCUUUAUCUUUCUCAACAAUUGCACGAUAUUAGUCGAGGGGAGCUCUCUCGGGCAUCAUCAACGAUGCGAACCAUUAAGAAACGACUAAAGUUUGCAAAAGUGGUCUUCUCAUCUAUCCACGAGUCUACACCACCUUUGACACAUAGCGAUCCAUCCCCGGUUGCCCAAUUCCGCUCGAGAAUCCAAAAUCUUUCUCAGAGUAGCAGCACAAGCGUUUCAGGGGGUCUAUCCCAGCCAGACUCCCCCCUUCCCGACGAACCAUCUUACCUAGCUUCGAUUCCUAAUCAGCUAUCCCUCGAUAUGUUUCUGGGGUCAGAUACUUCUCCUGUUUCUAGUCAGGAUGGAUUUGAUCCACUUCAUAUGCACACUGCCGGUUCGUCGCUUGCGACGCUGGACCACAGUGGAAUGACAUCGCCUUUUACUCCAUCUGGUAUGUCACCGCUACAGCCACCCAGAAAGAUGCGACGGACUGUCAGUCCGCCCUGCUUUGAUAGUCACGGAAGCACUAACAUGUUUGAGCUUCCAGAGCCGAUCAUGUCAACCAAACCAGAGCAUGUUCCACGAAGCUGCGUGUCGCCUUCAGUAAACAACGGGGCUAUUUUCCGCCAUAAUGGGAUGGGGUUAACUGGAUUCGAUAUGGCCCCGAAUGAUGCCGGUAAGAAAUUCCUUGGGGACCAUGUGAAUUUCGCCCAACCGUUGUUCAUGCCUUCAGAGAAUGAUCCGGACUUCGGGGCUGGACCCCUUCUAUUCGGGAGUCCUCUUGAUACGAAUGGCCAUGGCGAUUUCCAUGGCAUGCCUGACCUAACCUGCAUGGAAGGAGAGAAUGGUUACAUGCCUUUGGACCUGGGUUAUCUCGGUUAG